AUGCCCCUUUACGACGUCGAGUAUGUCACGCCGCUCAGCCCGGACCAACAGGCUGCGCUGGCCGGCGCCUUGACCGACCUGCACUGCACGCGCUUCCGCACGCCCAGGUUCUUCCUGAACGUGCGCUACGCCGACGUGCGCCACCAAGUCGUCUUCCGCGCCGGCCGCAGAGUCCACUACAACCGGAUCAUCCUGCGCACGCGGGCCAGCGACAGCGACAGGCGGCCCAAGCAUGUCUACGACGAGCACUGCCGCGACAUCAUCGACGUCUGGGCAUCUCUGGUCGGCACCGGCCCUGAGCGUGGCCUCCGCACCGUCUGGGUCUUGGGCGCGCUGACCACCGCGGUGGAAUGUGGCAUUGCGAGACCGAAUGUCGGGGAUGAGGAACAAUGGCUCGAGGCAAACAUGGACCACUUCCGAAAACUGGCGGCGUCAGGAGAUGCGGAUUUUGUAGAAUUGGUUCGAGAAAUCGACGGCGACGCAGAAAAGAUCCAAGGGUCUCAACUAGCAUUGUCACGCUGA